AUGGAUGAAGCAGAGGGGCUCGAAGCCUCGGUUGGGGGCGAGCUCGGGUCGCAGGCUCCGGAUGACGGUGCCGAGCCCACGGCUACGAUUGAUGCUGAUGGUGUGAAAGAUGCAAUGCCAGAGCCAACGGCAGCUGCUGGUGAUGAGCCAGAUGGCAGCCUGGAUGAGCAGGAGCCGGAGAACCCGGAUGCAGCACCCCUACUUGCUGAAGAAGCAGUCCAGCUUCCUGAGCAAAUCCGUGCACAGCUGAGCGACUUCGGCGUCGAUGCCGAUUUGCAGUUGUUCUUUCAACAGAGAGCAUUGAAAGCCCAAGCACGUCAGCAGAAAGCAGAGAAGACUCUGCAAAGUGCCGCCAAGGCGCAAGCCCGGGCAGAAGCCAAGGCAGCCAAGGACCAGGCGAAGCAGCAGGAAGGAGAGCCGGGGCCGAAGGCCCUCCCGAAAAGGAAGGCCAAGGCGAAGAGCGCCAACAAGCGCAAGGCAGAGGAACCGGCUGCCUCGGCUGGGGAUAGCGAAGCAUCUGCAGCUCAGCCCAAGAAGGCAAAGCUUGCAGGUACGAUUGAGAGCAUCAUGCCCGAGCUCGAGCCAGUCUUCAAGCUGGGGUUGGUGCGACCGGCUAGCAGUCAGCUGAAGCAGAAGUCCUACCUCAUGGCACCCCCGGAGACAGCGAGUGGUGGCUCCAAGAUCCAGGUGAACGAAAAGAAAGGCACGAAUGUGAAUUGGAACAAACACGGGUUCGAGUUCGCCUUCAAGAUUGUGAAGAUCAUUGCAGGCUGGUUGCCAGAGCCCGCCGAGCUUCCAAAGAGCACCUACGACAAGGUGAAUGACUCCCCUGGCAAGUGGACUGAAGCUGAGCUCGGCGAGCUGCAAGAGUUUCUCGUGUCCGAAGCCAGCAAAGGCUGGGGGGGUGGAGUGGCGGGGGUCAGCCCUACCGAGAGGUGUUGCGGCUACCAGGACGGGAGGACCAUGCCUGCUUUGACAAACCUGAUGCUCAUGGUGCUUGCCGCCCUCACACAGCUGAUGUUCAUGAUGCUGCUUGUGGUGGCGAAGUUUGUGGGCCGGGCCCCUUACCCACCGGAGCAGCUUCGACACCUCAAUUUGAGCAGGGAGCUGAAGUCAGCUGAUGCCAGAGAUGUGCAGCCGGUUUGUGUGGAAGCAUGGGAAAGCGAGGAAAUGGUGGAGAAGGCACAAGCGAGAAGAGGUCGCAUGGCCUCUGCCUCGCCCACGCCUGUGCCCAAGGAGCCCUCCACACGGCAGGUAGCCACCCCAACCCGUUCCAAGUCCCGGGGCCCUCAAGAAACCAUGCCACCUCCGGCACCCAAGAUGUUUGUUGAGAACUCCUCCGAGCCUGGUGGGAAGACUUGUGACACACCCCGCAAGCAGCCUGUCCGAACAGUCUCCCAGACGUCUGUCGACACACCCUCCAAGCAGCCUGUCCGAACAGUCUCCCAGACGUCUGUCGAGACACCCUCCAAGCAGCCUGUCCGAACACUUUCACAGACGACUGUCGAGACACCCUCCAAGCAGCCUGUCCCAACACUUUCGCAGGAGUCUGUCGAGACACCCUCCAAGCAGCCUGGUGGAACACUUUCAGAGAGGUCUGUCGAGACUGUCAAGACACCCUCCAAGCAGCCUGUCCAGACUCCGUGCAAGCCGAAGCCCAUGCUGCUGGACACACCAGCCAAGCUGAAGCCUGUCGAGACACCCUCGAAGAUGUCUAUCGUCGACGAGACCCCUCAAAAGCAUCAGAUGCAUGAAACACCCCAGGUGCCCAUGUCUGUCGGCAGCACCAUGAGCACUCCUUUGAAGUCUCCUGAUUACAAGCGGCUCCGGCUGGGACCUUCCGAAGAGACCUUGCCCAGCAUGCCUUCGUUUGAAGUCCAAACCCCAAGCAGCUACCGUCAUGCUGACACGCAAAGCACAAUUGCAGAGCAGUUUGGUGAGCUGCAUCUUGGCUCCCGAAGCUAG